CUGGCGCGCUGUUGUUAACUCGGCUAUAAUCGCGUAAGCGGUGACUACGCCAAUCAAGAAGAAGAAGAGUCAACUGAAAACAAAAUCGAAGAAGACAUUUUUGAAGUGGAUGCAUCGUUGUGGGAUGUUAUUGAAAACUAUUGCUUAGUUUACAGUCCAUUGCAGAAAACAGUAAAAAAAUUUCGAGGAGAGCAACUGCAUUAUGAAAAUUUUUACGCCCAAUGGCUAAAAUUAAAAAUUUGCACAGAAAAAAUUGUAAAUGAUGCAACUCACGAUAUGACAAGAACGAUUGGCGAAAAUAUUCUGAGCUCUAUAGAAAGGCGUUCGAAAAUAUUAUUAAAUAAUAAAUUUCUCAUUUCGUGCUUUUUUUUAUCCUCGUUUCCAACAUACACUAACACCACAGCGAAAAAAUUAUGCAGCGAAGCAUUUAAAAUCGAUAUGCGGCAGAAUAAAUGACAUAAAUUCUACUGGACAGUUAUGCUAAACACCGAAUUCGGGCUCACAUCAAUCUGUGAACCAUUUUUUAAUUAAGAAGAUGAAUUGUUAAACGCUUACUUAGAGCAAGGGAUCCAAACGGAAGUCAGUAGUACAUUCGACGUCUACUCAAAGAUUGACAAUCUUCAACUUCCUUUCCAAAGAAUCGAUGCAGGCGUUCUCACAGUUUGGAAAGGAAAGCAGUGCACUGACCAGGAGCUAUAUGCACUUAGUAAUUUUUGCUUUGCUGUACCACCAACUCAGCUUAUGUUUUCUUGGAAUUACCUUGGACAAACGUUUAACUUUGAAGGAGCACUAUCUUAAGUUAGAAAGAAGCCUAGCUGUCUAUCUUCUAAACACUGCCUUAUUCAUCCAAACACUUUAAUCAAUGUUACUAAGGCUAUAAUAUUGUCGAAGAUUGACUAUGGCUUACCAAUAUAUGGAAAUAGCGCAAAGAGUAAUAUAAAACUGAUCUCUUCGACGUAUCAUGCAGCCGUUCGAAGGAGUAUACGCGCCUUUCCAACAUCCCCGAUUCAAUGCAUCUUAGCCGAAGCUCGGAUGCCUACCUUAGAAGAAAGAAUUGAAUAUACCACUAUGAGGAUUAUCCCAAAGAUCUUUCUCCGCAGAAAUAGUAUUAUUUAUGACACUAUCACAACGAUAUGGGCCGCUAACAAAAACCCCAAGACGCACGCCAGCAUUACACAGAGUGCUGGAAUACGCUAAAAUUUUAGGAAUAGACUCGAAACCAUCUUUUCUGCCUGCCGUCAGCUCACCACCUUGGGAGUUAAGCUACUCAUCUUUCCUUAUCGGUUUAACAAAUCACGCCAAGUCAACCACAAGCCCAACAGUAUUCCAGCGCCUUUUUGAAGAAUACAGAGCUCCUUUUCGAAACGAAUGGAAAAUGUACUAUACCGAUGGGUCAAAGUCGAAGGAACACAAGUCAUUCGCCGUGGUCCAAGCCGAUGGGAAAACAGUAAUAGCAGGGCAUCUACCAAAUUAUGGAUCAGUGUAUACGGCAGAGGCGKUURCAGUAUACAACGCAAUACUAGCAGCCUCAGAAUCUAACGACAAGACGAUAAUCUGCACAGACAGUAUGUCAACUAUUGMUAGUAUCAUGAAUAUUACUAACAAGGUACCCCUAAUCGCUGCAAUACGCACCAAACUUAUACAAAAAGCCAAAGAAAUCAAAAUUAUGUGGAUUCCUGGUCACGCGGAAAUUAUUGGCAACGAAUUAGUGGAUCUGAAAGCAAAAUCCGUAGCUAUGGAGCCAUUAUUUACUUUCAAUUAUAUGGUGAGGAAAGAUAUCUUCCUACUCGUCAAUAACUUCCUUAAAGAACAGAAAAGAAAUUCUUGGAACAGUGUGCAAAACUAUUACUCGAACUUCAAUACAAUUGGCAUGCAGCCACAUAUUCCGCCCACCUGCCGAGCAAAUGACAUAAUUGCCUUUACUCGACUUCGAAUUGGACAUACCAUGGCCACCCACUCGCACCUGCUAAACGGUUCAAAUAGACCACGCUGCGAAUUCUGCACUUAUUCAUCGCUUACAGUUAAACAUCUCCUCGAUGAAUGCACUAAGUUUAGUGCAACUAGAAACUCACUAUUUGAUGACCAACCCAUUUCAAAUACGCUCAAGGCUUUUUCUGAAGAAAACAUCCACAAGGUAGCCGAAUUUUUGUACAAAACUGGCCUCAGAAAGUUAAUUUAAUUCCCUAAUUGUAAUUUAUCUUAGAUCCAAAUAGCAUCUUUACUAACAUCAAUUAUUUUAAUAAUUGUACUGACAGUAAUAUUAAUC